AUGGAAAAAAUCAAUAAACUUUUAUUAAAACCAACAUCAUUAAUAUCAGAUACCGCAGAUUCAAUCAAAAACGGUUUUAAAAAUGUAUUUAAUAAUUCAUAUAAUCAAAUAAUGUGCUGGGCGCAUAUGAAAAGGAAAGUUGAACAUCGUUUAUGUCAAUCAAACAAUGGUUGGUACCAAGGUUUACAAUUAUACGCACCAAGUACAAAUAAUGCUUUAGAGGCGACAAAUAAAACAUUCAAAGCUGACGGAAUAUCCCGAGAACGUCAUGUUUUGUCAAGAUUUUUAACCAUUUCUUCAAGUAUUAUGAAUAAUUGGUCAAUCGAACGGGAUCCACCAUUAGCUGAUGCAAGAAUAUUUGCUACAGAACCAACAAUAUCUUUAGAAUUAUGGACUUCAUCAUAUCAAUGGACUAAAUCAACAAAAGAUAUCAUUUGUAUUCCAAAUGAUUCUUCGAAAAAAUAUUAUAUAUCAGCUCGUGACUUAAAAUGA